UUUACACUAGGUUAAAAUGUUUACAUUACCAUCUCUUCAAGUCUAUUUGUGUAUGAAUUAUGUAAAAAAAAAUCCUCACUCAUAUCUAAAUCAUUUUCAUUCAUAUAACUCCAGACAAUCACAACAGAUACUAAAUUACUGCCGUUUUUCGAAAAAUUAUUAUGGUCCUAUUUUAUUCAACACACUAUCAGACGAUAUAUCUCUAUUUUAAUAAAUAUUUUCGAUAUUUUUGAAAUAUAUAAUCAUUGACAAGGUAUAUUUAUCUUGAUGACUAUGAUCCAUUCACUUCCAAGUGGAUUAAAACAAUUGAAGCUCUCCAGAAAGUUUGAACUGGAAUCAAAACAUGGAGCUUUCUAUACAGGAGGCAAUGUGGAGUGGUUUGAAGAUACCCUUUAUUGCCAAAACAAUUCGAAUAUUUCCUUAUUGAAUACAGAAAAUGGUGUGGUUUCAAAAACAAUUGGCGAAGAAAACUCUGAAGAUGCAGACUCAAUAUAGACAUUUACAACAAAUGGACAACAAACUGUGUCUUCACACAAAAGUGGUUUACUCAAGUUAUGGAAUCAAAAUGGAGAAAUUGAAAAAAUGUGGAAAUAUAUUCAUCUUGGCCCCAUAGCGAAAUUAGCACUAAAAGAUAAUAAAUUGGCAAGUGGUGGAUCUGAUAGCAUUGUCAGGAUAUGGGAUCUGCAGUAUCAAGCUUGCAUUCUUAGUUUGAAAGGUUGUCAGGGUGUUAUUAAUGUUGUGGAAUAUCAUCCCAUUGAUGAUUUCAUCUUUGCAUCAGGAGAUGAUGGCAAAAUUAACUGUUAUGAACUCAAUAAAGGGGAGUUGAAAUGUGUCUAUAAUGCACAUUACAGUAAAGUAACUUCUGUAGUAUUCAGUCAUGAUAACCAACAUUUCAUUAGUUGUGCCAGAGACAAGGUGUUGAUACUCUGGGAAUUUGGAAACCCUGUUCCAUUAAAAACUUUACCAGUACAAGAAGCAGUAGAAGUUAUAGUGAGCUUACCAAAAAAAUUUCAACUUCCUGAUUUUAAAUCUGAUCCCAGCAGUAUUUACGUAGCAUCUGCUGGUGAAAGAGGAGUAGUGAGAGUGUGGGAUGUUACAAAAUCCAAAGAAGUAUUUGUUCAAACAAAUUCUUUGGUGACACCUGCUUCCGAGGAAGGAUGUUUAGCCAUAUCAAAUAUAAAAUUUCACAGAAAGUUGAAAGCUCUCGCACUUGUAACAGUUGAUCAGAAUAUUAUUAUAUAUCAUUUGAAAUCAUUUGUUUGCCUGAAACAGUUCAUAGGAUUUUCAGAUGAAAUACUGGAUAUCACAUAUGUUGGAAAAGAUGAUUCUCACUUGGCUGUAGCAACAAAUUCAAACGACAUUAAAUUGUAUUGUAAUACUACCUUGAACUGUCAAAUCUUGAAGGGACAUACUGAUAUAGUAUUGUCUUUGUGCACUAACAAAAUAAGACCUGACCUAAUGAUUUCAUCUGGAAAAGAUAAUACUGUCAGGUUGUGGUUAUUGGAAGGUUCUACAAAUUCAAUGAGCUGUAUAGGAAUUGGUUUACGGCAUGGUGCAUCUGUAGGUUCAGUUAAUUUUAGUCAGACGACUUGUAAUUUUGCUGUCUCAGCAAGUCAAGAUACAUGCUUGAAAAUGUGGGAAAUCCCCACUGAACCAAAGAAAAACAAUAGUCUCUACUGCUCUCAUACUACAAUAGCUCAUGAAAAGGAUAUCAACUCUGUGGCAGUAUCUCCAAAUGAUAAGAUUAUAGCAACAGCUUCUCAAGACAAGACUGCCAAGAUUUGGACAACAUCACUGGAAUUGGUAGGCAUUUUAAAAGGUCACAAGAGGGGAGUAUGGUCAAUUCGAUUUUCUCCAGUCGAUCAAGUUGUUGUAACCUCAUCGGCUGAUUGCACGGUUAAGUUGUGGUCUGUGGCAGAUCUAAGUUGUCUGAAAACAUUCCAAGGGCACGACGCUAGUGUGAUUAGGGCAGAAUUUAUUGCAUCUGGCAUGCAAAUAUUGAGUGCAGGGGCUGAUGGUUUGUUGAAGUUAUUUUCCAUUAAGACAUCUGAAUGUGUAUGCACCCUAGAUCAACACAGUGCUCGAAUAUGGGCCUUAGCAAUCAAACAAGAUGAAACUGCUUUUGUAACAGGGGGUAGCGAUUCAGUUCUAAUCAAGUGGAAGGAUGUUACUCAAGAAGUGAGAUUGAAACGUAUAGAAGAAGCUGAAGAGUUGGCUAAACAAGAACAAAAAUUAAAUAAUUACUUGAUGGAAGAAAAUUUCCUCAAAGCACUGAAGUUGGCAUUGAAAUUGGAUAGACCUCGGCAAGUAUUGAUGAUUUUACAAAGUGUGAAGAAUUCCGAUAGUGAUUUGGCAGAAACCAUAAAAAAAUUGCGAAAUGAUCAAAAGGAAAGCCUGUUCAAGAUGGCAAUCAAUUGGAAUAUGAAUGGAAAGAAUUGUCAUUCUGGAAUAUUAGUGAUGAAUAUUUUGAUGAAAGAUUUGCAAGAGGGAGAUUUCAGACCUGUGGGAUUGACUUCUUUGCUGGAAGCAGCUCUUCCUUACUUGGAGAGGAAUUUCAAACGCUUAGAACAGCAGAUGAAGAAUUCAGAGUUGACUAGGUAUAUUAUCAAUUGUAUGAAACCACAUGCUAAAUGUAUAGAAUAAACAAACUGUUAUGUUAACAAG